AUGCCACCUGCAGGCUGGGAAGUGGACGAGGUGCCCCCUGGAUCCUCAGGAGGAAGCACUGACCUGGAUCCAGUGUUUCAGCCCAGGGAAACCGAAUUCUGGUUUCUGACCUCUGAUCUGUGUAGUAAUAGACAUGCCCCAGGCCAUGGGCCCCGCUGCUGGAAGAGCCGUGUGGAUGGCUUCUUCGGCCCCGUCCUGUUAGAUGCUCUUACCCCGAGGAGCUCCCUCCCUGGUGCUGCGGACGCACCUGGACUCCAGCACGGGAAUCCGGCCCUGCCUGACCCUGCGUGGCUGCAGGUGCGCCCUGCCUGGUUCUGA